UUUUUUCCAUGGCUUUUCGAGAGACUGAACAAGUUGAUAACUCCGACGUCUUUUCAGCUUGCACUUUGACAGCUUCUGGAACUCGGUACAAGGGUGUUCGGAGCUAUCUUCGGAGAUCGUGUGAGCGGAAUACCCCUGUGGGACUUGACCCUGGCCGAACGCGUUCGAACCCCCACCUGCGUCACGACACGCGCUGUCCCACUCGCGGGCGAGGGUCGUGGUGGCGGGCCUCGGACGGGAGCUUCCCAAUCUCUUGGUGCCGGCUUGACCUCGCACACAUCUCAGAUUCCGUCUCUCUUACAUCUUCUUUCCAAUCUUCGCCAUGGCCGACGAACCCAGUCUUCCCAGCUUGUUGCCGUCCAUCUCAUGGAACGCCCAGACCCAAAGCUUUAGCAAUAAUCCGAGAAAGCGGAGGUACAACUUUAAAAGCCACUCUGUCGCGCCGCCAUCAUGGUCCAACUCUAGUGACCCUGCCGUAUUUUCCAGCGAUGACGACCCAGGUCUGGACAACUAUGUCGAGGGACGGCGAAAGAAGAAGAAGUAUGUAGGCUCUUGGUUCCACCAGCAGCCUGCAUCUUCCGAUUCUGCAACCGGGGAGCCGCGGCCAGCGCUGAGGGGCAAGCGAACCUUGAAGCGCGACCUGGACAGUGGUGUCUGGAUGGGCAGCGACAGCACAGAUGGCGACGAGAGCGUGAUGAUGCCCGAUCUGCCGACGCAGUCGAAGCUACCUCAGCUCGACCGGGUAAUGGCUCGGCGGCGCAACGUCAUCUCGGCCGAGGAACUGGAAGCGCGGGAGAGGGUACAGCAAUGUCUGGACUCUGGAACCGAGUAUAUUGAUCUAUCCAUGAUGGGACUCAAGACUCUCACCGAUGCUACCAUUCGCCCUCUGUCCGAAUUCUCCUGCAUUCCCAUUGUUGCCGAAGGAGUACCGUUUGAGCAGAAGGAUCCCGCUUUGCAGCUGUAUCUGUACCGCAACCCUCUGCAGCGGCUUCCGGGGGCCAUAUUCGACCUGGAGCACCUGACAGUGCUUUCGCUCCGUGGAUGCCGACUACGGGAGCUGCCCCCUGCGAUUGGCAAGAUGCGAAGUCUUCGCACCCUGAACCUCGCCCAGAAUUUGCUUAGAUACCUCCCGGCCGAGCUUCUGGAUCUCAUGGCAGCUCCCUCCGCCUUGGAAGAGUUGCUUCUACAGGGCAACCACUUCUUUCAGGCGGCUGAGCGGCCUGCGCUGGCUGACUUGGAAAGUCUCGAGAGCGACGCUUCGGGAGGCUCGGAACUGACCGAGGCGUGGAAACCCGGCUUUGACGGUGUUGCGGGCAGGUUCUUUGUACGAUCACCGGUCCACUAUCUUGAUAGCUCGGGCUUCUCGCACUCUGAGUUCCGCCUUGACCCGGAGGGAGUUAUCGUGCAGACGGAGCGGCUGGACGACGCCGGAGACACCACAUCACUUAUCUCCCCACCGUCAUCGGCGCCUUACCACUCCAAGUCCGCUGGAAGAAGCGUUCCGAGUGCAAAGGGUAGCCGUGUUCCUAGUCUGAUGGAGUUGGCACUACGCAGUGCCUACAAGAGCUCCGACCUUGGCGACCUGCCCGACUACAUCCCUGAUUCGCUGCCUCACUUGCAAGCCCUCCUCGAGCGUGCUGCCGACCAGCGUGAAGUUGGCGGACUUGCUUGUUCUGCGUGCAAGAAGUCCUUCGUGGCACCCACAACGCAGUGGCUGGAGUGGUGGCAGGUUUGCCUCGUUGAGAGCAGGCAGACUCAAGAAGGCCACGUCGUCAAGGCUCGUCCCUGGACGGACUUGGAUGAAGAGAACGAGGGAGCUGUUCCGUUCUUGAGGAGAGGAUGCUCGUGGAAAUGUGGCCCUGCCAGCUUGAAGGAGGGACAAUGGACGAUUGCUCCUGUUAGCAAGGAAGAGUGAGGGCGGGGAGUUGAAAAUUGUUUGGGAUUAUCUGUUACAUGGCGCUUGUUAUUGGCACGGAGUUGGAGGCAGACUGAUUUGUGUUUAAACCUUUUUAUUCAGGUUCCAGGUUGCGUUGUUCGAUAUCCAGUUUUCUUAGCUGAAGCUCGUUCCAACCCCUUUGCAUAUCGUCCCCUUGUUGUACCACUCCACUGAAGGCAAGAUCUCUGAUGCCACCCAUCUCGCCGUCUGAGCAUGCAAGCUGCCGUAUCCGAAUGGCUUAUCUGUCUUAUCCUUCCUCAUCCUCUCCCCUAGAUCCAACUGCGCCAUGUCUUGGCUCGCAAUCUCCACGUCAUCACCACUGCUACUUUCUGGCGCAGUAGUACGCGGAAAUGAUGUCGUUUCCUCUGCCAAAGCCUGGAAGAUGAUGAGCUGAUCCUGUAAGUACUUGUCCACCGUCGAGCCCGGUAUUGAUAGUUCACCAAGUAGACCGCAAACGACCGCGCGGCUGGUGGCCCACGCGAAGUCGUCGGGCUCGUGCCCAAGUUGUCUACGCCGGCUCUGCUUCGGAGACGCGGCCUCGUCGCAGCCCCAACGUAACAUCCCAGAGGCGUCCUUGGCUACCAGGAGGGUAUACAUCCGCUUGUCGUUGCCCGAGUCCUCGACGUGCUUGAACACUAUCUCUGCAUGGGGGAAAGCUCCGGCGAUUUCCGUCGCUAGUGUUUCUUGGAGAAUGGCUUGCUCGCAGGAAGGGACGAUCAUUGUGACGUCUAUGGAGUGUACUACCUUGCGACGUUCUGAGGGAGCACCGUCGUAUGGGUUCGAUAUGGGAGAUAGCUGACGCAGCGGCUGGCCUGGUUUGAGAGGGUGAAUCGUGAGUACGAUGGAGCCCCUGCUCUGCGGUCCUUUGCUCCAUCCGCGCGCUCCCAGUUUCCGCUCCACGCGUACGCCCUCGAAUGAAGAUUCUAGGCGUGGGAGGAGGACUUGGUCUAGGUACUCGUACGAGAGUGAGAAAUCUACAUUCGUCCCGCCCUGAAUCUCUAGCUCGAUGGGUUUAGCUUCGUCUCCACCUGCGAAGAGAAGGAAUGGGAGGAUGGCCUGGAGAAUCAGGAGCGUGCUCGCGGCGCUCGUGUCCGCCACGAUCUUGAUCUUGCGGGACUUGUUGACUAGAGCAGCGGAGGGCGAGAGAUGGGGGAUGAAGGUUAGGGUGCUGCUGCCUACGGAGAGGCCUUCUACCUCUGCGUCUGUUGCUUCUGCUAGCCACCGGAUUGCGGUGACGUGUUGGGCUUUGAGACCUGUAUUCGUUGUUGUUAGUUUACCGUGUUGGCUGAGAUGGGCUGUGUAUAAGUGAAGGCGUGGGCGCUCACCGCCUCCUUUGCUACUACUGCUGUCGCCUUUCUUACUCCUCCCACUUCCACCUCCGCCACGCGAAGGACGAUUCCCUCUUACGUUUGUGAUGCGUACCGGCUGAGUGGUGACUGCUGCGAGGGCUAUGGCGACGCGGACUAAUUGUCCGCCUCCUUCGCCGGUCCGCCCGUCGAUUUCGAUGGGCUUGCGGGACAUGCUUUCUCUUGAUUCGGAUUGAUUGAGUAUACCGUGGGACUCGAAUUCUUAGAUGUGUAAGCUGCACCGUUGAUUGGGUGCAAUUCCGAGUCACGGAGCGGCCGUCUCACGUAGAGCAAUGUCCCCGAAAUCUAUUGGCUUGAGUAAGAUGUCAAUGUUGUGAUUGAAGUAAACAGAUUGUCUUCGAUGAGCUUUUAUGAGCAUGAGGUUUAAUAAUCCGGGUGGUGAGGCACGUUGACGGAGAUCCUGUCAGAUUUGAGUUUGGAUGCCAAUUGACUCAUACGCCGGACGACACUCGCGAUCUUCCAAUGUUGGUUAGGCCCCCUUAUGGCCUCUGCGUGCGCCUACUUGAGCGGCUAACUACGACCAAGGUACCUUCGCGGAUAGGUGAUCAGGCACCCAUUCAAUGCAUUCGAUUUACCCUAAAUGAGCC